AUGUCGGCUCUUCUCCAACUGCCGCGCGAGCUACGCGACCACAUUUACGACUACUACUUCAGCUGUGAUGGCGGUUAUACACACGUUUUCGAAACAAAUAAGCUCCGGCGACCCGACGAUCAACCUAUCGAGUUCUCUCUCGUGUUGAGCUGCCGGCAGAUCGCCACCGAAACACAUGGGCUCGCGCUGCAGCUGAAUACGCUUCAAUUCGCGACAGUCCACUCUGACGCCACUCAAGAACAAGCUGGUCUGCACCACGCAGUCAACGUCACCUUAGGCUACAGAAAAGAGUCGCUCACCCACUACGCCGCUUCUGGGCUUCUCAGCCAAGAGCAGGCAGAGGCUACGGAGAGAGCGUAUCCGCAAUUCGCGCCCGUGGUAAACUAUUGGCGGUCGCAUGGUCGAAUAGGGAUCGGACUGAACCCCUUCCUGGAGUGUGGUGAGGCGCCGUCCAUCUGGCGCGAUUUCGUAAGCUUCACCCUGGAUCUGGUCUCCCAGCAUUCCGGGUUCGUCGAUAAGGCUAGGACAGGAUCUCGAUACUCAUACAAGGACAAUGAGGCCUUCCUGCUGAAUGAAGCCCGCCCGGAGCCUUGGCGCAUCCUAGACGAUGCAAAGAUUUCGAAGCUGCAAAAGAUUACGAGAGCGCGCUUCGACUUUCCUUUCGUUUGGCCGGGCACAAAGUACACUUACUCAGCAGCCUCCGCCGCCCUUCGAUUUCUGCAUUCUAUAUCGAAAGAGGCACGCGACAAUAUACGAAAGGUGUCGCUGCUAGAAGACCGCGAAUCUGUCUCGUUCCCUGAGAGCCAUGGCAGAGGGUUCAUCCUCCUUUGUCAAAAGCAUCCGCAACUCGUGAUUGAGAGGUCAAUCAAUCUCUGGGGAAAUGUGCUCCCCGUAUCUUCCGAUACGCUUACUGGGUACUUGGAAGGCUACCAAAGCUUGAUUGAUCAAGGACUCAUGGACUACGACCGCUGCCCUGCUAGGCUCAUCACCAGGGCAGUGGGUACAUGGAUUAAGGAGGCUAUGUGCUUGCCCGAACUCGGCAUGCCGCACGGCUCUUUCACUCUCGUCCUUGAUGGCAGCCCUGUGCCAGAACACUCCUCUCGCAUGUUCCGCGUUGUUCAACGCGAUGUUGCAUGGCAGAGCGCCCUCGACAAAUGCUACGCACGAGGAAUCCUACCGCAACCUUCCUGGCUCGAUCAGCGACUACACAUUACGGGCUUCAUGUUUGAGGGACUACCAGAAGCAGUCGAAGCUCUCUCCAUGGAUAGUCCGCUCAUCCGAACCAACUUCCAGCUCUCUCCACCUUGCGAUGUUGAGCAAAUGCUGCAAGAGCGUGUAGGGUGGUCUGCGCAAGACUGGGAAGAGGGUUGGGCAACUCAUGAGCCGCGCGAGUUCCAGACUGAGGCGCCGCUACCUCCGUGGCACCUACUCCGUUGGCGGCAUGUUAUCAGAUAA